CGAGGUGUCGUGCCUGGCCGGGCUCUGACCUAGGUGGUUGUGGGCUUCUGGGGUCUUCGCCGCCGCCGCCCUCGCUUUCUCUUCCCUCUUCUUUCGAGUCCCGGGAGCCCCGCCCCGGGAGCAUCCUGCCACUCUCAUAUGUCCACCUGCAGACACGCAGAUCCAACGACAACAGGCCCUGUCCAGCAGGCUACGCGGAGGAGGAGAAGGCGUCAGUGCUGAGUUUGAGCAGAGACCUGGUUGGGGACAGCAUGACGAGCGAGGUGAUAGAAGACGAGAAACAAUUCUAUUCGAAGGCCAAGACGUACUGGAAAGAGGUCCCACCGACAGUGGAUGGCAUGCUCGGGGGGUAUGGCCAUAUCUCCAGCAUCGACAUCAACAGCUCCCGGAAGUUCCUGCAGAGGUUUUUGAGGGAAGGCCCAAACAAGACGGGCACCUCCUGCGCCCUGGACUGCGGCGCCGGCAUUGGGAGGAUCACCAAGCGGCUGCUCCUGCCACUCUUCAGAGUGGUGGACAUGGUGGACGUGACGGAGGACUUUCUGGUCAAAGCAAAGACUUACCUGGGUGAGGAGGGCAAGAGGGUGAGGAACUACUUCUGCUGUGGUCUCCAAGACUUCAGCCCAGAGCCCAGCUCCUACGAUGUCAUCUGGAUCCAGUGGGUGAUAGGCCACCUGACCGAUCAACACCUGGUUGAGUUCCUGCGGCGCUGCCAGCGGGGCCUGCGCCCCAACGGUGUCAUUGUCAUCAAAGACAACAUGGCCCAGGAGGGCGUGAUCCUGGACGACGUGGACAGCAGCGUGUGCCGGGACCUCGAGGUGGUCCACAGCAUCAUCCGCGGUGCGGGCCUCAGCCUCCUGGCGCAGGAGCGGCAGGAGAACCUCCCUGAUGAGAUCUACCACGUCUACAGCUUGGCCCUGAGAUGAGCAGGGGCUGGCUGAAGAGGGACCGGCGUGGAGGUGGGCAAGCUGGCAGCCAGGUGCCAUCCAGAGGCUCCGUGGCAGUGGUUCACAGGUGUUGGGCGAGGCCACUAAAUAUACCUGCCUGCCGUCCACUCACUAUACAGGCUCUUUUUAAAGUGACAGGACCCAGCAGGGAGGAGUGCGGGUGAAAGGGCAGCCAGGCAGCCUGCUCUGCUGCCUAAAGGCAAGGCCUGGGCGCGCAGACCCGUGGGACACGCUGGCCCAUCAGAAGCAGAGGUCCCUGCAUCUCCACACCACCGGCCUGCCUGCCUUAAGAGGAAGGAAGGAACCUCUCGAACCUGGCUGAGGACACUCGGGGAGAGGAGAAGGCUGCUGGAUUCGUAGCUGGUGGGAAGCUCACUUUCCAAGUCCUCCUUGGUGACGGGGCCCUGGUGUCCUUCAUGUGACUCACAUCAGCCCGCCGCCAGGGGAGAGGCCUGCAGUCUCCUCUUGGCUAUGCCCAUGGCUCCUCCUUGGCGGACACUUUCAGUCAAAAAUAAAAAGGGUGAAAUGAAUCCCUGUGCUGUGACGGCCCCGCCAGUCUGGAGUGUUUGUUUAUGGGACAAGUUGCUACUUGAGCCCUAAUGUA